AUCGCAGAAUUUUCAAUGCAAAAAAAUGGAGAAGAAACAAUAGAUAUAAAAUAUUUCACGACUGAAAGUACUGCUGCAUACUUAUCAACAGACUUACAAGAAUGGUUCAAAAAUAGCAUAAAAGAGUCUAUUCUCACACAAUUAGAAGAAUUUCAGGAAAAGGACUCUGGCUGGACUCUCAAGAGUAUCAUAAGUUUGUGCAUAAAUAUGAAAAAAUAUUCUCCAAUCAAGGGCACUUCUUAUAUUCCUCUUCCAAAAUUUAUUGUUAGUUCUUUUUGGUUACAGAAGUCAAGAAAGACGUUAGAGUUCCUCUUUCGGUUUCCUCGCUGUUCAACGCAGAUGUAAAAGCCUCUUCAUGAUAAUAAGGAUCAUGCCCAUUCGUCAAAGCGAGGCUUGCUGAGGCUGGAUCGCAGCAAGGGGAAGGACAAUGCACCUGCUCCACCGAAGGCAGCAGCAACGGCAUCUCGAGGGAAAGUAGCACCGUCAUCAUUGCACAAAACAGAGGCAGGUCCAUCCCAACCCAAAAUCCCGCCACGCAUAAUAGAGGACAUCACGUUCCUCGAUUAGCAAUUUAUAAUAAUAUAAAAAUAAUAUUAGAAUGUAAUUAAUAAAUAAAAGCUUUUCAUUUAACUAAUGCAAUAAAAAAAUAUAUAUUACUUUCAUGUUUUAAGUUACUACUAUCUGAUUCAUCUUCGUUGUAUCUCGUUACAAAGAAAUCCAGUAACCAAGUCCAUAUAUGCAAUUAAUAAAUAAAAGUAUCUAUAUUAUUAUCUCUAAAAAAAAUUACUAUUAUUUAAUUCAGCUUGGUAGAAAAAAAAUAAAAAAUGCAAUUAAUGAAUAAAUAAUAUCUUAUAAAAAUAUAUUAUUUUCUGUAAAAAAAAAAAUGAAUAAAUUAUUUUACUUCGUCUUGGUAGAACAAAAAAAAUAAGUAAGAUCUAAUGGAAUGGACAAGUAUUCGAUCCGACGCUCCCGAGAUCUUUAGGUGCAUAUGCUACCGCCCCUUUUUCGUAACUCGGUUUCCGGCCUCGAUUACUGGCGUGGUGUGGGAUGAUGUAUUUCAUUACAAAGUCCGUAUUGUAAUAAAUAGUAGGAAAAAAAAUAAAGAACACAUGAGUAUUUUAAAAAAUAUAUUUUUUUAUUCUUAUUAAAAAAAACUUUAUUUCCAAUACAAGCAAGAGCAUAUAUUCGGUCUCUUAACAUUACUGCUAUCUACUUCAUCUUGGCCAAACGAAUCAUGUAAGUAAUCUAGCAGCCAAUUCCGUAUUCCAACGACGUUAUAAAUGGCGCACAUGGGUUUUCUACGAAUGCAGAGGUCGUGAUUGAAGCAGAAGUAUUAGAUUUGACUCUGUAUUUCUUCAAGUGGUGGACAUCCAUAGUCUUCCACAUUUGAUAUUGAUCUGCAAAUAAUGUAAGAAAAC